AUGCUCAACGAGAUCCGGGCGAGAUUCCACGGCGCCGACACGGUGUUGCUGCCUCGGCAGAGCUCCACGAACCUGCAGACCUUCUCGGGCGCCCUGGGCGGGAUCACGGCUGAGCCUGUCACCAAGACAGACGACUCCAAGCGCCCCUUUGCCGUCGCCGGCGACACCUUCACCGACUUUGCAGACGCCGCAGGCCGGUCCUGUGACAACCAGAUGAACAGCUGUGCCAGCAUGGCCAACAGCGGCGGGCAGUCCUUCACCGUGAGUGACUGCAACGAACAAAAUAGUGAGUAA